GCCCCGCCUCUCUCCUUCUCUCUCCCCUUCCCUUCCUCUGCCUCUGCCUCUUUGCGCUCGCCCUCCUCUCCCUCUCGGUUUUCAGGCCAUGUUGCUGCCGUGAGUCAGGUACCCUGCGGGGUUUGGAGUGCUCACUAUGGCAGGCAGGAAGCCUGAGCUAAAGAGAAGCUUCUCCAUCAUCCCCUGUUUCGUGUUUGUGGAGUUGGUGAUCCUGGCGGCUGUUGUACUGUUGGCCUAUCAGCUGGAGUACACGGACACCUUCCCCGUGCAUGUGCAGGGCUUCUUCUGCUAUGACAGCACCUACGCCAAGCCCUACCCCGGCCCCGAGGAGGCCAGUCGGGCACCCCCAGUCCUCGUCUACUCGCUGGUCACUGCUGGGCCCACACUCACGAUCCUGAUGGGGGAAAUGGCCUUUGCCUUCUUCCCCUCGGGCCGGCGAGAGGAGAAAACCAUCAUCUCAGGAGACUGCUGCUACUUCAGCCCCGCCCUGCGCCGGCUUGUCCGAUUCCUGGGUGUUUACUCCUUCGGCCUCUUCACCACUACCAUCUUUGCCAACGCGGGGCAGGUGGUGACGGGCAACCCCACCCCCCACUUCCUGUCAGUCUGCCGCCCCAACUACACAGCCCUGGGCUGUCAGCCACCGACCGCCCAUUACGUCACAGACUUAGGGGCCUGUGCUGGCAACCCCCUGCUGGUGACCGCCGCCCGAAAGGCCUUUCCCUCCAAGGACGCUGCCCUCUGCGCUUAUGCUGUCGUCUACACCGUGAUGUAUGUGACCCUCGUAUUCAAACUGAAGGGCUCCCGGCUGGCCAAGCCUUCGGUGUGCUUGGCACUUCUGUGCCCGGCAUUCCUGGUGGGUGUGGUGCGCGUGGCAGAGUACCGGAACCACUGGUCAGAUGUGCUGGCCGGCUUCCUGACUGGGGGGGCCAUCGCCACCUUCCUGGUCACCUGCGUAGUGAACAAGUUCCAGAGCCAGAGGCCAGCGGGCAGGAGGGGGGCACUGCCGGAGAGCCUGGGCACCAAGCCCACUAUGGCCCUGCCAUGCGUCGACAGCCCCCUUGAAAAGUUAAGUGUGGCACAGGACCCCAGCUCGCCAACGCCUCUGCUGCAGCCCGUGUGCCACACCCCUCCCACGUCUGGCUCUCUGUCUCCUGCAGAAUCUCAGAGCUGUGUCCGCAGUGGUCACUUGAUCCCCAGCUGUGUGUCCUCCCGGGGCCCCCCGAUGUGCUCGUCCCCUCGCGCUCGCUCACGAGCGAAGUCUGAGCCGUCGCAGCCGCCGCCACCGUCGCAGUCGUCCUCCCAGCCCCAGCCCCAGCCCCAGCCCCAGCUGCUCUCCCCGGGGCAUGGGGGGGCUGGGGGGGGCGGGCGGGGCCGCAAGAUGCUGCUGCCCACCCCUCUGCUGAGGGAUUUUUACACCCUCAGUGGACUCUACCCUUCCCCCUUCCACCGGGACAGCUUUAGUCCCUACCUGUUUGCCAGCCGUGACCACCUCCUGUGAGCAUGUAGGGCCCUGGGCCGGGGG